GAGUCCACAGAAAAGCAGCAGCCCAAGAGGCUACACGUCUCCAACAUCCCCUUCCGCUUCCGAGACCCCGAUUUACGGCAGAUGUUUGGGCAAUUCGGGAAGAUCUUAGACGUGGAGAUUAUCUUUAAUGAAAGAGGAUCAAAGGGCUUUGGCUUUGUAACUUUUGAAACGAGUGCAGAUGCAGAUCGCGCACGGGAGAAACUUAACGGUACAAUCGUAGAAGGACGUAAAAUCGAGGUGAACAACGCCACGGCGAGAGUGAUGACGAAUAAGAAAGUAGUAAACCCGUACACAAACAGCUGGAAGCUCAACCCAGUUGUAGGAGCCGUUUACGCACCAGAGCUCUACGCAGUGACGGGUUUUCCCUAUCCCGCAGCAGGAGCGACAGUGGCUUACAGAGGGGCUCAUCUGAGGGGCAGAGGUCGUGCCGUCUAUAACACCUUCCGGACGGCUCCUCCUCCUCCACCCAUCCCAGCAUACGGAGCUGUGGUGUAUCAGGACGGCUUCUACGGCGCAGAGAUCUACGGUGGAUAUGCGGCGUACAGAUAUACUCAGCCUGCCACGGCUACAGCGUACAGCGACAGUUAUGGAAGAGUCUAUGCAACUACUGACCCUUAUCACCACAGCAUCGGCCCGGCUGCAGCGUACAGCGUCGGCACCAUGUAAAUACAGCGAAAGAAUAAAACCCGAAAGACAGAGAGACAGAGAUCCGAACUGAUCACUUCAGGACAGCUACAGGACCAUCGUAAGAAAAUGGAAAACAGACAAAGAACGAAGACAGAAGUGUGUGAAAAGUGCCGACGGAAAACACAAAGUGCAAGAAUAAAAACUGACAGACACAACGAAACGGUCAAAACGUUUUAUUUUUCUAUAUGUUCAUGGAUGGAGCAGAGACACUUAUAUGACUAUGUGCAGGGAUCCUCACGCUAUGACCCCGCCCACAACGUCAUCCACCAGUCAGAGGCCACAUCCAAAACGGGGAGGAGUCAAAACUAGCAGAAAGCUGCAUGACUAAUUUGUUUCCUGUGGGUGGGAGUCACCGUGCUCUCUGUGAUUGGUCGCCUCCUCCAUCUUGUGCUCCUCAUCCUUUCAUCCGCUUUCAGAGACGAUAUCGAACCACUACCAGAAUUUGAUUCGUCCUGUGUGGGUGGAGCCAUUGGUGGUUCACUUCAUAUGAUGUCAUGACGCUCCUGAUUGGCCGAGCUGCCGACCAACUUCCUGUGGUGUUCCUGGUUGGGACUCUGAAACUAAUGAUGUCACUGCUGAUCAAUGGGUGGAGCUCGAGGUGAGAGUGUUGGUUCAAUUGGGGGCGGAGCUGAAAUUAAGAUUAUGGUUUACAAUUUAAAUACAAACAGU